CGACAGGUACACACCUCUGCUGCAGAGGGCUGGCCUGGAUGUCAUAUCGUAUCAGGUUCGUCGUGGGGGCGAUCACAGCUUUGGUUGACAGGUGGAGGCCAGAAACUCAUAGUUUCCACCUACCUUGUGGAGAGAUGACUGUUACACUCCAGGACACUCAGAAGAUCCUGGGUUUGAGUGUUAGAGGUCGUCCAGUUAUCGGACGCUGCAGGCCCGAUGGUUGGAGGGCCAGAGUUGAGGCCUUCCUUGGAAGACCACUUCCUCCGGAGGCACCGACGCAGCGCACCACUGGGGUACCAAUUGCUUGGCUUAGGCAGAGCUUUGGUAAUUGUCCGGCACAUGCGGACCAGGAGACAGUUGCCUACUACUGUAGAGCUUGGAUCUUGCACCUAUUUGGGUGUGUUCUUUUCCCUGACGCGAUAGGGGACACUGCAUCGUGGAUGUACCUCCCGUGCCUCACUGACUGGGACACCACAGGUACUUACAGCUGGGCUUCGGGAGUGCUGGCUUACCUAUACCGUAGCCUUUGUGAGGCGUGUCGUCGGACCGCAAGUAGUUCUUCCGUUGGUGGUUGUGUUUACCUACUGCAGCUUUGGAUGUGGGCUCGUCUUCCAGUUGGACGGCCCAUAGUUGACGCUCCUCGGGAAUGGUUUGCAGUGGGCAACCCUCGUCACCGUCCGACGUUUGCCCAUCUUUGGGACCAGGCGAAAGUCGCCUUCAGCAGGACUUCACGUGCGUACGUACAGUAUGCCAAUGAGCUCGACACGCUUAGGCCCUCCAUGGUUAAUUGGGAGCCGUACACGGCGAAUGAUGCGCUGCAUCUUGGAGUAAGCAGCAUGUAUAGCGAGGAUGAAGACUUGUACUUGAUGAUCUGUCCUCUGAUUUGCUUCUAUGCUGUUGAGUGGCACCUUCCAAAUCGAGUAGCCCGCCAAUUUGGCUUGUGCCAGCAAUGGCCUGUCCCUCCAUUUGAUACUUCCGUGGAGCUGCACAAGAUUGAUCGUCAGAAGCAAAAGAAGACAUUUGAGUUUGAAACGUUGCAUCGUCAGUACAUAGAGGUGUGGGACCAGUUUCAUGACAACCUCUACGAAAAUGAGCAACCACAUACCAACUACAAUUUUCGUGCAUACCUUACUUGGUACCUAGGUGUUACACGAACAAGGUUGAAAAUUCAGUGGACCCAAGCAGAUUAUGCGUACCUUGAAUCAUCUGAGGAUGAGGACACUUCCUAUGACCUAGCAGCACGACAAGGGACACUUAUCGAGGCAGCACCUGUCUUGGACCGAGUGGGCAACGCAAUAAAGCAAUCUGUACUUGACAUCGAACGGUUUCCAAGAACAGGUGUGGACGAGCACACACUAAACAACUUUCUUGGAAGACUAGCACGUAGGCUUAGGCGUGCUGCAGCUCGGUGCGGUUGCGGUACUAGUGCUGCGAUGAAUGUGCAUGUGCCACAGGAACGACAAUGCAACACACCUGUUGUGCAUGGUACAUCUUCUUUGGGAGGAUCUGGAGGACAGAGCUCGUCUCGGCCAACUAUGGACACUUUUCAAAGCGAUGAUGAUGAGGACGAAGAGGGGGUGGCCGAGGAGCGUGACUAUGACGAGCUUGGGUUAUCUCAGCUUCCUGAUGCUCCUUCUACUCAGCCUACGCAGGUUGCAAGAAGGCGACGUCGUUCGCCUUGUAGGUACACUCCAGGCACCGAUGCUCUUGGCCACAAGGGUAAGGGUAAGACUAGGAGGCAGUGAGGAUGACUUCUGUGCUAACACCAUGGUAGCAGCUUAGAAUUGAUGGCAUAACUUCUGUUAUUUUGCAUGUAUCGACACUGUGAACUUUGUGGACUAUUUGUACUAUAUGGGACUGUAUGGUCUCUGUGGACUAUCUGAACUAUCAUUCCUGAUGGCGUAUGUGCUUGUGUUGUGAUAUUUGGAUGAAUCAAUGUUUGUAUUGUACUGUGAUGUCUAUUUAUAACUGU